UCUCCCAGCCUCGCUCCCCGCUUGUGUGGAACAGCAGCGGCAGAGUGCGCCAGAAGAGACCGACAGGCGUGGAGCUCUCACCGUGGAACCAGCGCAGACGCACCGGUGACCACGACGGAGGGAUUCUGUCACAAAACACAACCAAAGAACCUACCUAUUAAGAGUAUCACAUGACAUACGGUAAAUAUAGUUUGUUUUAUCGCUGCGGAGAAAAGGGAACAGUUUUACGCACGAAUUUGGAAACUGUAACCGGUGUACGGGAGGAGAUGCAGCAGCAGCAGCAGCUCCAGCCCGACUCUGUGCACACCUCUGCGCGCCUCAAACGCUGCUGAUGCCCACUGUGAAGAGGACUAGAAGGCGGUCGGGAACACAGGGCGUCUGGGGGCGGAUGAUGCGGACUGUGCGCUCGGUAACAUCAUCAUGGCAAACGGAACCGGUACGAUCAUGUUGAAGUGCGUCGUGGUGGGAGACGGUGCAGUGGGCAAAACGUGUCUGCUCAUGAGCUAUGCCAACGACGCCUUCCCGGAGGAGUAUGUGCCAACUGUGUUUGAUCAUUACGCAGUGAGUGUCAACGUUGGAGGGAAGCAGUAUUUAUUGGGGCUAUACGACACAGCCGGUCAGGAAGACUACGACCGCCUUCGUCCACUCUCUUAUCCCAUGACCGAUGUCUUCCUCAUCUGCUUCUCGGUGGUGAACCCAGCCAGUUUCCAGAAUGUUCGAGAGGAGUGGGUCCCAGAGCUGCAGGAGUAUGCACCCAGCGUCCCGUACCUGCUCAUCGGAACCCAGAUCGACCUCCGUGAUGACCCCAAGACGAUCGCCAAACUGAAUGACCUGAAGGAGAAGCCCCUCACCACAGAGCAGGGACAGAAGCUGGCCAAGGAGAUUGGAGCGUGUUGCUACGUGGAGUGUUCUGCUCUGACACAGAAAGGCCUGAAGACUGUAUUUGACGAGGCCAUUAUCGCCAUUUUAACCCCCAAGAGAAAGAAGGGGGCGCUAAAGAGACGACUGGGCCCAAGAUGCAUAAACUGCUGCCUCAUCACGUGAUACAAAACCAACCACAUGAGACCCCAGUGGCCAAAACCUGGACUAAACCAGGUCUGAACGUGGACUAAACCAGGUCUGAACGUGGACUAAACCGGGUCAAGACCUGGACUAAACAGAGUCUGAGCCUGGACUAAACAGAGUCUGAGCCUGGACUAAACAGAGUCUGAGCCUGGACUAAACUGGGUCUGAACUUUGACUAAACCUGGUCUAAAUCUGGACUAAACCUGGACUUAAGACUAAAGGGAUCAUGCACAGACUGGACUGGAUACCGCUGCUGUCCAUGGCCGGGUUUGAAAUGCAGUUUACACCAAAGGAGCACAAAACCCAAGUCUCUUCUUAUCAAAGACUUCUAUGCCUAUUUUAUAACCAUUUUAAAUCAUUUUGUUCCUGUAUAAAGCUGCCAUAUAAAUAGAUAUAUCAUUUAAAAGGGUUCAAGGUGAUGGGUUUUUGAAGUAAGACUAUAUAAAGUAGUUUUGAAUAGGUAAAAGGCAAAGGUUUGGGCAGUCAGCAUAGUCAAAAAAUAAGGGUUUGUGUCCUACAUUUUGUAUGGCUCUUAAACGAUGCAUUAUAGUUGGUUUCGAGUACUACUUUGCCUGGCAAAUCCACAAUUAUACCUCUCUGUAUUUGAUCCAGAGAGAUCAGUCUGGUCACCAGACCCUCCAUCGCACCUUGUGGCCCAACUAAACAUGAUUGUGCAAUCAGAUUUGUUCUUUUGAGUGAAGCAUGUGAAACAAAGGAGCUCUUUGAUCAUCUAUCAUUUACAUACAAAACUCAGUUUAGUUCUUCUCUCACUGAUUCUGCAUAAAUUCAUGAUGUUUUCAGUCCAUUGUGUGUUUUCUUUUUCCUCGUAAGCAGACAUAUUUGCUUUGAUACAAACAGAACAUGCGUUUCCCUGAUUGGCAAAUUGACCCGAUUCACAUCUUCGUAAAAUAUUGAAGAAGUGUGUAUUCUGACAUAGGCAGUACUAUAUCUCCACAAACUGAAAUUGUGUUGGUUUUAAUUGAGCCAAAAUAAAUGGAGAAAGAAAUGGAAACUUACUCUCAAUUUUCCCAUGCAAAUGACUUGCAGUAUUUGAACAAAAGCUAUAUAUCCAUAGUUUGUUGUCAAUGAUGUUGUCUAUUGGAUUGUCUAGCCAUUGGAUUAUAUGGCGCAAAGUCUCUGCUUUACAAUGAGUUAACAUUUAAAAUCCAGAUGCAAUUUGUUACUACGCUGUUAAGUCUGUUAUUUAAAGUCCAUAGCAUUUGCAAUAGUUAAUUAGUUUUAUCCCUCCGUGGUAAGCCCGUGUGGUUGCGUUUAAAUGAGUUUUUUCAUUGCCCAUUGAGCACAGAAUAUAAUUUUUUGUUUACUCACACUAUGCAGUUAUCCAAUUAUAUAUUUGGUCUAGUAGUUACAAUAAUUUACAACCUAUUCACAACUAGGGCUGAGCAGCAUGAUUAAUCACAUUCUUUGUGGUGGCAUUUCUGGUUAAGCGGGAAUCCCAUUCAUUUCAAUGGAGAAUUUGGGAAAAGUUUUGCCCCUAAAAUAUGAUUUAAAGUAGGUUGCUUUGUGUAAAACAUUCUAUGUUCAUGUGCACCAAGAAGUCAACAAUGCAACAAUUCUCUGGGAGACUUUAAAAUGGCUUUGUAGUCCCUAAUAGAACUUUAGCAGCCCCAUGCAAAAUAACAAAACCCAAAUGACAAUGGCGGCACCCAAGGCCAGAAUAAGGUGAAGAGCUCUGCUUCAAAAACCCAGCCACGUUUGAACCAUCAUAUGAGAUUAUUUCAAAGAUAUUUUAAAGGUUUUGUGUACUUUGGAUUUCCGCCACAAGCCUCAUUUCCAGUGGUUCACUUUGGAGUGGUUCAGUAUUGUCUCCACUGUCUAAAGUAAAUUAUACCGCCCUGUUUGAGGGGUUCGGAGAGGACUCUGGAGGGUACUAGCUCCUAGAGGGGCCUAAUGCAGUAUGGAUCGCUUUAGCUAAGGCAUAGCUACAUUAAAAAAAACCUAAAGAUGAUUGGACAAGGAAGAAUGCCAUAUUUCCUUCCACUGAUGACAACAUAUAUGCUGAGCUGAUAUUCUUCGCAAAAAAACCUAGUGCACUACCAUCAGUUGUUAACUGUUUAUCGAUGCACGGCACUCUUGUUUAAAGAUCAAAAAUAUAAUAUGUCCAGUAAUGCAUCUAACAUGAGCCAAACCCAAUUCAUUACAUAAAGAAAGGUUAAAGUGUGGUGUAGAGGUGCAGAGAAGUGAAAUACAUGCAGAAAAAGCCGACGAUAAACCAGAAGUGGUUUUGUUUAUAUGCUAGCUUUAGCCUCAUUACACAGCACCACAAAUUGUGACUAAGCAUCUUUAUGUGAAUUGCCGAAUUCAGGCUUAUAAUUAGAAUAAUUCAAAUACAAUUUAGAUUUUAUUUUUGUUAAGAAAACAUUUGUAUUGUUUGGGUGAUGUCAUUGUGUCACAGAGCAAAGCCCUGCCCCUGGACCCGGAGCUGUGCCCGAGCAUGGAAACACAACUAGGCUGGAGGGAGCAGCACCUGACAGACCCUCUCCAAGGUGGCCCCAAGCAAACCAUACCAAUGGAAAAGAGGCUAAACUGUUAAGCUAAUUUGCACCUCAGUUCAAUCUGUGGCUGUGAUUCAACCCAAACCUGUUCCACUCAAACGGCCUUUUCAUUAUCUGUCGUUCGGGUUUGUUCAAAUUGAUCCUGGGUAAUUGCGUUUGCUUUGUGCAGAAAAUGAAACGAAUCAACAAACAGCGGUCAAAAGCUGGCUCGGCUUCACAGAAGUAACUGCAUAUAGAAAAAUACUACAAUUAUAGCUAUUUAGUAAAGACAAUAGUGCAUUUCAACUCUUUUUUGUUUAAAAUGGCCAAAUAAUGUGUUCCAGAAAAAUGUGUAACCAUAAAAACUACAGAAAAUUAUUGGUUUCCAUGGAACUGUCACAUUUGGAUCACCUAGCAUUCAAAAAAUUUGACAUAACUGAUUAUUCUAGUUAUCUGUUUUUUUACUUGCCAAAUAAAUGUAUCCACUGACAGCUUGCCCCAGGUGCAUUGGUGGGUUUCAGAUCAUUGAAUGUGAUGGUGUCACAUUCCCAGAUGGGGGGCAAGAGCCAGUUUUCCCUAUUAAUCGCAUUGUAAUUUGUCAUUAAAUUUCCAAUACAUAAAUUCACAAUGUUAAACCUGAUCUUUUCUAUUAAUAACUAGACCCCAGAAAUUCCUUUUCUACAACAAAAAUCUGCAUUCUACCAAUAUGAAUUGCACCUGCCCUGUAUUAAAUAUAGGAAGUAGUGAUGGAUGGGUCAAAUGCAGAGGACAGAUCCCCCAAUACAAAGACAAUUAACUGUACACAAAUGAUGCUAAGUUACCAAAACCAAACUAAAAAUUAACUGUAAUCUAAAACAAUGAAACAAAAUCUAUGUCAUGGACUGAUCUAAAGCACUUUUGUGAAGCAGACCCAGUGGUAAAGUUUGAUUUUAAAGCUUGUGUUUGCCUUAUGUCAGAACCCCAUGCAGUGUUUUUAGUGUGGAAUGUGAAAAAUUACUGUAACUAAAGGGUGCUGAAAAUUAAUUAUCCAAAAAUGUAUACAGUUUUGAGGGGUUUUUUUUUAAGAUGAGCCAAUACAUUUCUCACAUAUGCUUUAUUUUGUGUUUUAUCUAUUCUAUUGUUUCAAAAGGGGCAGUGCAGUUUUAAACGUGCACUAUAUAACCUUUCUGGUAGAGAGCACGCUACCUUUGUGUCUCCAAAGAGAUGUUAUUACUUUGCCUGGGAUGUUCUACAGUAUGAUCUUACAAUUAUUUGUCAAGCAUUUAUUAAAUUAUUGGAGUUUCUUUAUUGCAAAAAACGGUGAAACAUUCUAGGAAAAGCAAAACACUCAUGGAGACAUGUGGGGACUUCAGAAAAGUUAUUUUAAACAGAACUAUAGCAAGUUAUAGCUUUCUAGAAUACAGAAUUGUGCAUGAAUUGAAAGGUUGGUGUACCAUACUGCAAAAGCUGCCCUGUCUCUUUAAGAUGUUGAUGAUAUUUUAAAGUUUUUCAUAUCCAAAGAUUUAAAGGCACAGGUCCAUUGUAACAAUUAUACAGACCAAUACUGUAAAACAUUGGCACAACUGAAGCACAGUCCACAAAGCACAUUGAUUCAGCCUCCCUCCAAUGGCCGCUCUCUACAACAACUCCAUUUGAUGCAACUAGUAUUAAUAUUUGGAUCUUUUUUUCUAAGUAAAACUGGUCACCAUCAUAAAUAGCACAAUAUUCAAAUUAUUUUCUGGUGAUAUGCUGUGGAGUUAUGGCUAUAAGAUUGUCAACGAUGCCCUACAAAGCCAAAGUGCAGUUAACUAAAGCUAUAGCUACUAAAACGUUGAAGCUAAGUGGACAGUUUGGAGUGAUUUUUGGUAAUUUUGAGUAAAUACAUUUAUAAAAUUGUACCAAUAAAUAUGUGAAGCUGGAUAUCUUUGGGGAAUAAAAAGUAAUUGUGGAGUCUUAAGAAUCAUGAUUUGGCAGUAAGAGUGAGGCAAAUUUCAAAAUUGCUGUUUUUUGAAGGUAUUAACAUGAAAAAUAACUUAAUAAACCAAACAAAAAAUGUGUUAAUACCUGCUUUAGCACUUUAUAACAAUAUUUUCCAUUAACUCACAAUGAUAUGACAAGCUAAAGACAGAUUGCAAAUCUAUUGUCUUAUUAUUGUUGGGUUUGGGGGUUUAAAAAGGAUAUACAUUUUUGUCAGGACUAUCCAAUGUUAUCUUAUAGUUAAUUGCACUUUGUCUCACAGGGUGAACGAAUGGUGCUCUAGUGGUUUUAUCAUUUAAGCAUAACCUGUGAGGUGAAUGUCCAUACUGUGUAAAUGCUCAUGUGAAAUUCUAUGAUUGUCAAAUGUUCUUUCUGAGCCAAAAAUAGAGAAGAAAUGUGAAUAACAUACUUUCCAAUAUGGCCUUUGUCUGCUAUUUGAAUGUAUAGCCUGUUUUAAAGAUAUAACAUAUGUAAAAAACAUUUCAUAUUGGCUAUAGAUUCCAAUGUUUCCAGCACAUUAUAUACAAGUGAUAAUUUGGGUUUUUCAAAUAGAGUUGCACUUUCAUUAGUAGUAGUAGUAGUAGUAGUAGUAGUAGUAGUAGUAGUAGUAGUAGUAGUAGUAGUAGUAGUAGUAGUAGUAGUAGUAGUAGUAGUAGUAGUAGUAGUAGUAGUAGUAGUAGUAGUAGUAGUAGUAGUAGUAGUAGUAGUAGUAGUAGUAGUAGUAGAAGAAGUGGCAGUAGAAGUAGUAUUCCUCUUUGGGCAAUACUGAGCAGUAGCAGUCUAAAAGUGUAACAGGAAAAUGCACAUGAUACACCCAUUUUACUUGCACUCUGCUAUUUUUGAACACAUUGCUGCUGCUAAACCACAUUCAAAAACACUUUCAGUCCUCAAAACCCAACAAUAUAAAACUAUUACAAAGAAAUCAACCUUUUUAAAUCUCUUCUGCUAUGGUAUAAAUUUAACUAAUCCUAUUGUUUAAUAUCAAUUAACAACACCAAUCAGGCAUAACAUUUUGACAUUAGAUGACAAUUUUAUGGGUUAAACUAGUAGUAGAAGGUUAGGGAAGUAGUUAAUAUGGUUAAAGUUAGGAUCAGUCAAUCUAAUGUCCCUAAAAGGUAUGGAAAUCUAAAACUGCUGCUAUUUCCUGUUGGCAGUGAUCAAUGUCUGUUCUCAGUCAGCAGUAGAUAGUAUUCUGUAUCUUCUAGGUGUUUUAGAGCUGGUUCAGUCUUUGGUUAGAGUGGGUAAGUCCUGGUGCUGGUUCCGAGAGAUGGCUGGUUUGUUACUGUCAUAAUGUCAAGCUUGAUUCACUUAAAUUUAGGUAUCAAACUCUUCUUUUGAAAACCCAAAUUAUUACUUGCUCACUUUAUGAGCACAUUUAAGACACUUUAUGACCAUUAAUACAAGAAGAUUAUAAAAUUAUAUUAUGAUAAAAAGAUUUAUUUCAAAAUAUGCACAAUAUUCAAAUUCACCUGGUCCAAAGAGGCUGCUCUAGUGGCAUUGAAGGAUGGGUCAAAUGGAGAGUUCAUAUUUCCUAUAUAUGGGGAGUCUAGCUUAACCUUAAAAAACAAUUAUAGAUAUAGAUUACUCAAUACUACCCUUUUCACAAUAUAUACUUCAGUUCAAUUCCUAUCAAAAUAAAAGCUCUUCAUGUAUCUAAUGCAUAUUUAUCAGGUUUUAAGUCUUUUUUAAUACUCAAAGGUGCCAAUUCUUCCUAAAUGACUAGUGUUUUGUGUGACAACUUUAAGCUUUAACACUGCGGUGCUCCUACUCUUUUCUUGUGUCUAAAUGCAGGUCUCUUCUGUAACCAUGGGGUAUUGUAAAUUGUUAUAAUACAUCCAUGUUUAUACCUUAUCUGUAUUGGUUGCGUUCACGUUUUAGAAUUUGAUGACUUCGUAACUUCAGAUGAAGAGCAGAGGCAUGUACAACUCUAUGGGAGAUUUACUAAAAGAAGACAUUGAAAGAAAUGUUCAAACCUAUGAUCCACAAAUGUUGAACCUUAUCAUUAUUUGUUUGGGAUUGGCUUCACAAACUUGUCAAGAUGAUGUUACGUUUUUUUUGUCUUUUCAGCUAACAACAAUCAUGUCUUUGGGGUUGAAUAAUGACACCAUUCUGAAGCUCUGUUGAUUUGUCCUGACAGAGAAGAUGCUGAACUUUGUGCCAGUUUUUGUUUCAUGUCGACAUGCCCAGUAAUUUCAGAAAUAUUAACCAUAAACCAGGUCAACAAAUCUGCAGUCUGAGAGUUAAACAGCAGAUUUCACCACAGAAUUCUGACCUGUCCUCCAAGUCAAUAUUAAACUGUAGGUAUUCUACAAUUUUGUGAUAUCACGUGAACGCAUCCUAUUAGGCCAUUUUUCCUGCUUGCUUUUAUUGUGAAAAGGUCUCUCAGGAUCUUAAGUGCUGCAGCCAAUGACAUCUGUUUUCCAUACUGCUCCUGAAUAAAUGUGUUCAUUGUGUCAUUAAUAUCACGUCUUUGAGGGUUUAACUUGAACCACUUCACUGAUUAAAGAAGGUAGUUCAUUCAUUAUUGUAAUAGG